UUAAGAGCUCUUCGCGUCCGCAUCUCCAGAAGCUUCUCGCUUCCCCUCGUUAUAUAAGGAUUAUAAGCCCCCCCACAUCUCCUUGUUUUAUCAUUUUCUGCAGAAAGAGAGGUUCUUCCUUUCAUAGCUAUGAUGUCGUCGUCCAGAAGAUCAAGGUAUUCAUCUCGCUCCCCUUCUCCAUACCGGAGAAGAUGUGCCUCUAGUUCGUUAUCUAGGUCAAGGUCAAUGUCAAGGUCAAUGUCAAGGAGCCGCUCAAGGAGCCGUGAUUCUAGUGAUGUUGGAAAUCUCGGGAACAAUUUGUACGUCACGGGUCUUUCGCCUCGGGUUACGAAGAGAGAACUUGAAAAGCAUUUUUCAAGCAAAGGGGGAACGGUGAUUGACAUCCACCUUGUGAUUGACCCAUGGACAAGGGAGUCCCGUGGUUUUGGGUUCGUGACGAUGGCCUCUGUUGAGGAAGCUGAUCGUUGCAUCAAGUACAUGAAUCGAUCGGUACUUGAAGGCCGAGUCAUCACAGUGGAGAAGGCAAGAAGGCGACGGGGACGGACACCGACCCCAGGCAGGUACCUUGGUGUGAAAUCUACCCAUGUGCGACGUCGCUCUCCAAGCUACUCUCCCUAUCGCAGGGGCCAUUACAGUUCUCCCCGUUACUCAUCUGAGAGGGACCGGGACCGGUCCUACUCCCCCUAUCACAGCCGGCACAGGUCACCCUACCCUUCUGAGAGGGACUGGUCCAAUUCUCCCUACUACAGACGGCGCCGUUCCCAUUCACGUUACAGCCGGUCCCCAAUCAGCAGGCGGGACAGGUCCUACUCUCCCCACUACAGCCGGCAUGCGCCUCGAUCCCGUUACAGCCAGUCUCCGAUCGGCAGGCGGGGCCGAUCAUACUCUCUAUAUUACUCCGGACACAGAUCCAGAUCCAAAUCCAGAUCAUACUCCUCCCAUGAUCGCUCUGUCUCACCUUACUACCGGAGGGGAUACCGCUCGAUAUCACGCAGCCCUUCUCCCAUGGUUAGAAGAAGCUCGAGGAGGAGCUUAUCUCGCAGUGCCACACCCAGGCCUAGGGGCUUCUCUCAAAGUGUCUCACCCAAGCCAAGGAAGAGCCAUGCAAGAAGCCCUUUUCGCAGCCUCUCCCCGAGGCGGAGGAGCCAUCGUAGCUACAGUGGAAGCAGUGGCAUGAGCUCACUCUCAAGAUCUCCAUCCAGGUCUCCCUCCCCGUCCAAGUGAAGGGGGAGCCUGAGAUGGCCCGGAUAAAUUAUGGGCUGGUGUUUUUUCUGGAUUCCAUGGCAUUUGGGUUCUCUCAGACUUUUCUACAUAUGAUUGUUAUCUGGAUAUGAUGAUAGAUAUCACGCUGCACUCCUGUUGAUUGUAAAUUCACAUCUCACCAACUCUCUGUGUAUUGGGUAUUUACUUGUUAUGAUUCUUCCUGCUGAGGAUGGAUCUGAAGUGUUCGAUCCUGUUUAAUUUGCAUGGUGAUGAUGAGUACGCCCUGCUUUGGCUUCA